GUUCCUUCAAUUACCAGAUCUGUGGACCAUGACAAAAUAUUGGCGCUCAGGCAGCAGACUCAGUUCCUCUGGGAUGCUUAUUUUUCUUCGGUAGCAAAAAUAGUAUUAACUACAUUAGAGGUAAGCUCUCCCAUUUAUAGAACUGUUCAUUUGACUCGAGUGGGUGGGAGCGGGUUGGGAGGAUUGCAGGGCCAGACAGCCAGCAGCCAGGAUAACGGAUAGCCUUUUCUAUAAUGUGCACAAGUGGCCAGGAUGAAUUGAUGGUGGCUGUACAACAGCGUUCACCAACCAGGUUCUUAAUUUCCCAUGGUUAGUUUUUUCUUACUCCUCCUGACAGUCCGGCUCUUCCUUUGGGAGUGUUCUCACUAUACUCUCUCUUCUGUCUCAGUCUCUGGGGGGAAACAGACACAAAGGGCUUUCAUCAGCCUCUUCCCCAGGACAGACAGUCAGUCAGGACUUGCCAUGAUCAAAAGAGAUUGCAGUGUAACGAUUUCCUCUGGCAUCUUAAAUGUCUAGAGACUCUCAUGGACUAGAGUACAUAGACAGGUAGCUGGGGGUUCCUUAAACAAAACUCCCCCUUGUGCUAUACUGCUACUAUUUAUUGUUGUCACACCCCGAAAUAUAGUGUCCCCUCAGAGCAAAGUUAAAAUCAUUGUCAUGUUUCCCCUGGAACAAUCAGAAAACCACUUUUUAUGAUAUGAUGUGUGGCGAGGAAGCCCAGGUAUGAGGUGUUUUGGCCUGCAGGUAUGAGAGGAAAGGUUCAGCAGGGUAACAUCAGAACAUUCUCAUAGGCUCACUCAACAUUUUGACUUUUGUCUUUUUCUUCUGGGGAAAAAGGGUUUUACUUUGGUCUGACUUUUUCAAUGGGUUUUUAUAUUAUCACACGUUCACUUAUUGCUGUAUCACUGACCCAUUCAGAAGCUACUCUGUUAUGAUAGUGUUGUGAGCCCUAAUUUAGAACUCACUCAACAGACACUCCAACCUGUCACCCAUACGUCUUUGUCCCUAUAGUGUUCAUUUCACUUCUUCAUUUGGAGGUUGUCCGUCUUUGUCCCUGUAGUGUUCAUUUCACUUCUUCAUUUGGAGGGUGUCCGUCUUUGUCCCCGUAGUGUUCAUUUCACUUCUUCAUUUGGAGGGUGUCCGUCUUUGUCCCCGUAGUGUUCAUUUCACUUCUUCAUUUGGAGGGUGUCCGUCUUUGUCCCCGUAGUGUUCAUUUCACUUCUUCAUUUGGAGGGUGUCCGUCUUUGUCCUUGUAGUGUUCAUUUCACUUCUUCAUUUGGAGGGUGUCCGUCUUUGUCCCCGUAGUGUUCAUUUCACUUCUUCAUUUGGAGGGUGUCCGUCUUUGUCCCCGUAGUGUUCAUUUCACUUCUUCAUUUGGAGGGUGUCCGUCUUUGUCCUUGUAGUGUUCAUUUCACUUCUUCAUUUGGAGGGUGUCCGUCUUUGUCCCUGUAGUGUUCAUUUCACUUCUUCAUUUGGAGGGUGUUCGUCUUUAAUUUCUUUACUCCCUUUCUCUUUCCAUUCAAUUUACCACUUCAUAAAGGAACCAAUGACCAGGAGGGGUGAGGAGGAGGGGGAAAAGAGAGAAAGUGAGGAGGAUAUAUUAUAGGCAUUCCGCCAUGGUUCUUCAAAGGGAGCCACAGCAGCGAUGAAUUGGAUUUGGGAUUAGGGCCGAGCGUUGGUUUUAUGUGUUGCCGGGCGAACGUCACCACCAGGUGCCUAGUCCAAAUCCAACAGAGACUAAAUUAGGCCCAUCUCCAUGGAUAUUUACCGUUGUGCAGAUGUGGUAAAUGCUCGGCGCUACCUGCCGACUGACAAAAUGUGGGAAAUUAGGCAUUCUAAAUAGCCCCGCAAGUGGCACACACACAGGGCUUUUGUUAAGUGCCAGCUAAUUCUCCAUAUAGAUCAAAAGGCACCUCUCAUCUCAGUGUUGCUGGCACUGGACGGGCACAUGGACUCUAAACUGUUUGAGGCACGUGACAAACAGGCAGACGCACCGUUAAUCUGACCUGAAUCUGUCAAUAGGGUUUUCAGAUACAUUUGCCUACAAUGCAGUACAAGUAUAAAGACAGUCAGAUGAUACUGUAGCAACUCCUGUAGAAGAGAAAUUCAUUUUUUACUGUGCAGGUACUGUAUCUUGAGCAACAUAAAUGAAGCUCAUCACCUAGCAGUGAGUCGACCUACCGCCUCGUCUCUCUGAGGGGGUUUGCUUGUUAAGGCCUCUCUCACAACCUCAUUAGGACCCACAGUUCAAACGGAGGAAGCAGCCUGGAAAGCACCAGGCUCUGAGAGGAGAGCAGCUGAGGCAAGAGAGGAGACGUACCCAUAUGGAGGUCUCUUGCUGUGGAGCCAAGAGCAGGGGAGCUGUAGCCUUUCUAUUUCAGGACAGGCAGUGAGUCGGGUCUAUUGGAAAGAGUAAUCAAAAGUAGAAAUGAAAUGACUGUGAUUAAUGUUAAUAAAUUUGAUUGAGAGGUUUGUUUUGUGUCCAUUGACUCAACUAAUAUCAGGACCCAUCUUCAUGUAAAAUAUCCUGUGCAUCAUCAGUGAAUCACUCUUACUGCAUGACCACUGCAUGCAAAUAACUCCUUACAGAUUAAGAAACUUUGCAAGUCAUUGCUGUUCAAUAAAACGGUCAGUAGAACAGUCAUCAUAUAUAGCAACAUGGGACGAGGAGAUACAGCUCCAAUCUCCACAGUCAACAUGCAGGGUAACAGUUGCACCUGGGUGAGUGGGCAUCAGUCCCAGCUGAGGGUAUGAGGUGUAAUCUGCGUCAGCAAGACGCUGCUCGACAACAUGGCCACGUCUAUCAGACCCAGCCUCUUGCAGAGCGAGCAGCUUCUUUAUACUAAUCCUCUCUCUCUCUACUCCUCCUCCUCUCUCCUUCUCUCUGUGUUGUUUCUUUUUCUGCAGAUAAUCCAAGACAGAAUAAAUUCCCACAUAUCCAGGAACAAGUUGAUGUGGAAUUCGUUGCCUGGUGGACUGUACGUUCUGCCUCAGUUCUCCACGGACGCUGCAGUGUUCCCCUUUUAUUACUCCUCGCUGGGUGAGUUGCAGCCUGUUAAUAACCUGGUAUUAUGUGUCAGUAUAACUUCUAUGCAUGGGAGCUGUUGGCACACAACCACAAGGGAUCAGACCUCUGCUUUGUCCGUCAGGUUUUUUCCAACUCCUUGACAGAGUCAAAACUAAAUUCUUCAUUCACAACCAGUUCGUUGUGUAGGGCCUAAUGUCAAUGUGCGCUCUUCAACUCUUCCUCCAUGCUGUUUUAUAUACCCCAGUGCUACGUAUUAAUACCCUCUGAGAAAAUGUUGCUCAUGCUAACCAACCACAGACAAAUUUUACAUAAAUUCAUGUUUGGUGACCAACCAAUGCACUUUACAGCGGAAAUUGUCUUGGAUUUAACCUUGCAAACUAGUAUAUGGUAUCCCAUAUCCUAUCUGCAGUGCCAUUAACUGCUGAGGGUCAAGUCCUCCCUAGUCAGUGAUUAGUCGUCACUGAGAUGGAACAGUGAACAGCAUAAAGCCUAGUGCUUCAGCAGAGCAGUCAGUGUCUUGUGUAUUUCCUCCGGCAUGGAGCACCUUGGAGCUGUGCACUAUGAACUGUGCUGCUGCCGCAGUCCUGCGAGGAGCACUGGGAUGAAGCCAUAACUCAGAUGCUUGUCUUUCUCUGAGGAGUUGUGGACAGGAGGAAUGGGCAGUUUGUUUUAUGCUACCUCAGUAAAUCAAGUUUUUGCCGGUACUGUAGGAAUAUCGUCGUCAAUGCCGUUAAUACACAGGCGUUAUCAGUCUCACUUUCCAUAAUUCUGAUAGCAAGGUAGUUCAGAAGGUUCUCGUUUUUUUAUUUGCAGUGUAGGCCUAUUUAAAUUCUACUGACUUUGAUUUACUGUUUUUGAAGCUUUUAUUUGUCUCUGUAAAUUUGAAGUUGAUUUUACAAUAUUUUGUUAUUAUGACAGCAUGUGUCGCGUAUCAUAUUGGCUCCUCUGAGAAGUGGAAAAGAAGGAAAGAUGGCAAUGUUGGGCUCCUUUUCUGGGGGGUCUUGAUGACUGGGUAUACUGCCUCAAAAUCACAAAUUGGAUUUCCAACUGGUUUAGUAGAGAGUCCAGCUGCUUUGGCACCUCCUAUCAUGUGCUUCACAGGCUGUUUGCUUCACAAUCCUCUUUUAACUGUGUUUAAAGCUACUGGGAAUGCCAAAGCAGUGGAUAAGAAUGGGAAGGUCCAUUUAUUGUAGAAACUGUUUGAUUGUUCCCUGUAGAAACUCUGCUUGUUAUCCACAGUCAACCGAACCAAUUCUCAUCGCCAUUUGAGUUCUAAUUUUGACUCAUGAGAUGUAAUGUCUCAACUGAAUUUUGUUUGAGCUGUCAAUCAAUCUCAAUCUAUAGCUUCGUUAUAGCUUUUCACGAGGAAAUUAUAUCUUGUCUAAAUCCUCGGAGUAGAUUGGCAGGGUACAAAAAAUUAUGUGAAUUAUCCGAUCACUGCAUAUGCAGUUCCACACAGUCUUCUCCCAUUGUGUAAUGCCGAUUCGGCAGUGUAGAGAAGGACUAUCUCCAGGAUGCUGCUAGAAGAGGAAUGUUUUGUUUACCACCACCUCGUGUGAAAAGGCGGUAACACUUGCCCUCGUCACCCCACCUCUUCACUUCCCCCGGCACCUCUAAUUAUCUUUAAGGUUACCACGACGACUGCAGCAGCUAGAUUUCCUUGAGGCUUCAGGACCCCCUAAGCUUUCUCCCCUGCAGUCAUAUCACUAUCAUUGAUCCAGCCUGGCUUUCUGUUAUGGUCUGGGAAAACCCUCCAAGUUGCCUCGUUUGCUGUGCAUGAUUGUUCCGGUUCAUUGCAAUCGGUGUGAUUUUUUUUUUCCUUUACCCCCUAGUACAGUUUGACUUCGUUCUGUCAAUAUUAAUGAGGUCUAGUUUCUGAGCAUGUUUCAGAUCACACUGAACCUUUCUAAUGUCGGGUUCUAGAGCACCUUCGCUAAGGCCAGUAACCAGCAUAAAGGCUAAUAACCAACACAAUCAAUCCACAGACACAGUGACACCCCGCUUCACUAGGCCUACAGUAAGGUAUUCUGCAAAGGGCAGUCUCUCAAGAUAAGAGGGGCCAUUAUACAAGGCUCUUUUUUACAAAUGUGGGAGUAAGAGCCUACUCUGCUACAGUUGUUGGUGUGUUCUUUAAGCCAGUGGAGUGGAAAGAAACUAAAGGAAACAGCAAUAUUGGAUCAAUGCUUCAACAUACCUUGUUGGAGAACAGUUGGAGAAAUGACUUUGAUCACAGUUCUGUCAAUGAAAGUAAUUUCAACAAUGUUUUUGUCAGUUCUGCUUGGUACAUUUGCAGUUUGUUUGAUUCAAACGUUUGUUUGAAGUGCCCCUAAAAUUACUGCCAGAAAUGACUGUGGGGUUUCCCGGAGGAAACAUUUAUUCUACAAAAGUGAUACCAGAGUAAAAUAUUUUGAUGACCGUAUGAGAACAAGGUCCUAAUGCAAUACGGAAUCCCUCCUUUGAAGAUGAUCGGCAGAGAUUUUCUACAGCUUUCUUUGCUUAUGCAACAAUGUCUGCAAAGAAUAAACCUAUUCAGGCAAAUGUUAUGCUCACCAAAUGGAGACAUACAAACAGUCAGCAAUCCUUGUGUGAUCAGGGUCCAAAAUAGGUAUUCUUGAGGCACCACACAGCAUCAGGGUAGAUCCAUAAAUAGAGCCCAGUACACCAGAGAGGCCAGAGAGUCCACAGCCCUGUGUCAGAGAGAUUGAUAGGGGUGCUGUAAGUGCACUGUGUGUCCAUUUAUGCGUGAUGAGGUGGAAUGGAUUGGAGAGUCCAGUCUCAGUCCCUUCUGAAGGUAUGUGUCAGAAAGGUUAAUGUCUUGAGGUGCGUGUGUGUUAAGGUGUGUGUCUGAAGGUGUGUAUUAAGGUGUGCGUCUGAUGGUUUGUGUUAAGGUAUGUGUCUUUCUGUGUGGUUGCAGGUAAGAGCCCGUCCCAGGAGUUCACUGCUGUGAUCCAGGCCGUGACUCCUCUCCAGUCUCAGCUGCAGCCCAUAGUCAAGCUCGUCAUCGCUGUUGCCAAAUCCAAGUUCUGUGCACAG